AUGGUUUGCAUCACCAAGUGCCACGCUGACACUGUGCCAUUCUUGGGGAGCUUCCUGUUCCAGCUAAGCUUGGUUUAUGGAGGUGGAGGGGCCGUUCAGAACCUUAGUACAUAUCUUUGGCCUGAUAGGAUCCAAUGGCUACCGCUCGCCGUUGCGUUGCUUGUCAUUGGCAAGGUUAGCUCCAAGCACCUUGAACAUAAGGUAAGGUAG